CAAAACGCCAAAUCGAUCUCCAUAAAACUCCUCCAGCAUUUCUCCACACACACAUUUCUCCGUUCAGACUUUUUGCAGCCUGCGACUAUUUGACAUAACCUGAUGUUCCCGCCAAAACCACAAGGAAUUAUUCACAUGCCACCAUGUGGCGUCGACGCAACUUCCCGGAGUGUGAUCGUGACGGUGAAAGCAGAGAAGGUGAUCUCCAAUACUGCAUUGUCUUGGGCCAUUACACACGUGGCCCGGCCCGGAGACUGCAUUCUUCUCCUCGCCGUCUUCUCUGACAAGAUGACCGCUGGGAGGAGAUUUUGGGGGAUUCCGAGGUUGAAAGGGGACUGUCGGAGUGCUGACCGGAAUAAGUUAUUGGAUAGGAUCGGAGAGAUCUCAGAGUCUUGUUCUCAGAUGGUUCUCCAAUUUCACGGUCAAAUUCAGGUUGGAGUGCAAAUCAAGGUUGUCUCAGCUCGAUCUGGAGGUUCUGUGGCAGCUGAAGCAAAGAGGAAUGUAGCUAACUGGGUCAUAUUGGACAAGAAACUGAAGCGAGAGCUCAAGAAUUGCAUGGAUGAGCUGCGGUGCAACAUUGUAAUCAUGAAGGGUUCCAGGCCAAAAAUUCUUCGGCUCAAUCUGUCCUGCUCAAAUGAUCUUGAAACACCAUUUUAUUCUGCUGCUGCUUCUCCUCUUUUUGAUAGUGAGAAGUUACAGAGCCAGAGGAUGAAGCAUUCUACUCCUGUUAGCAGUCCAGAUGAUCCAAGUACUUCUUGCACGAGAAACUCAGGCACCAAUGCGUUAAUAAGCACAGACACAGGGGCUUCUAUAUUUGUUGUGUUUGAACAAAAUCCUCUUUACGAAGGAUUAAAUAAAGGCAAAUCCCCACCUGGUAGAAAAAAUAGGUUGGAUCCUUUAAGGGAAAGUAUUAAAUCAUUUACGACAGUCCCAGGUUCACGAACUGAAAGAGAUAAAAGAAUCUUUUGGAUCCCUCAAAACCACAUUGUCGCUGAGAAUUCCCUGGAAGUUGGGAACUGCAAAGAUAUAUCCAGUACUGCAUUUUCCACUGUCAGGACUGAACUGGAUAAUUUUGUACAAUUUAAUCAAGAUAUAAUAGGAGGAACUAAGCUUAAUCAAAACCUUGACAGUUAUUAUGAAUUCAACUAUGGAAUCCGGGAGGCUGUGGCUUUAGGAAGAACUUCCUCAAAUCCUCCUCCUUUGUGUUCACUAUGUCAAUAUAAGGCUCCAGCAUUUGGAAAACCUCCUAGACAAUUUCAUUAUAGAGAGCUAGAGGAAGCUACAGAUGGUUUUUCAGAUAAAAAUUUUCUUGCUGAAGGUGGGUUUGGUCUGGUUCACAGAGGGGUUUUGAGGAAUGGGUUGAUCAUUGCAGUGAAGCGAUUAAAGCUGGCUGGGUCUCAAAGAGAUGAUGAUUUCUGCACACAAGUGCGAGUAUUGAGCUGUGCCCAGCACAGAAAUGUUGUGUUGCUCCUAGGUUUUUGCAUUGAAGGGAAGAAGAGAUUACUGGUGUAUGAGUACAUAUGCAAUGGCUCCUUGGACUUCCAUUUACACGGAGAGAGAAGAAUGACACUGGAUUGGAAAUCACGUUUAAAGAUAGCUAUCGGGACUGCAAGAGGCUUACGAUAUCUUCAUGAAGAUUGCAGAGUGGGAUGUAUGAUUCACCAAGAUAUGCGUCCAAACAACAUCCUCUUAACACAUGAUUUCGAACCACUGGUAGCUGAUUUUGGACUUGGAAGGCUGCAUUGCGAAUGGGACUUUUGCGACAGUGAUCAAAUAGUUAAAACUUCUGGGUAUCUUGCACCAGAAUACUUCAGUGGAGGAAAUAUGACAGAGAAAGUCGACGUAUAUGCUUUUGGUCUGGUGUUAUUAGAGCUAAUCACUGGUGAAAGAGCUAGUGACUUGCUAUGUUGCAUCGACCGUCAACUUUUGGUCAAUAAUUUCCAUCCUUCAGCUGCCAUUGAACCAAUACAACCAAUUCAUAUGUUGGCUUACAAGCAUCAAUUGCUGGACUCCUGCUUGGCCUCUUUCCAAACACAAAGUUUGCCCUAUGAGAUUCAGGCAAUGGGUUAUGCUGCAUCAUUGUGUCUACGGCAGAAUCCUGAGUUGAGACCACCCAUGUCAAAGGUACUGAGAACACUAGAAAGAGGAAGUUCAGUUAGUGCUCUUGCCUUGGACUUGAAUUCAAUUGGUAGUAGAAGUGGUCACAUGGAGGGACUAAAUUCAAAAAGACCACUUGAAUCCAACCUGAGGCACUCCCGCAGGAAAAGGCUAUGCCAGGGCGUGUGGUCGACGCGUUGAGAGUACCUAUUGAUGGAAGACGGUCUCUAAGCGCUCACGAGUCAAGACGUGUCGAAGUGAAAGCCUAGAAUUUGAGGAAGCGACUGGAAGGGAAGAAACUGGGCUAGACUACUGAUCUUCUGGAGUAGCUUGAUCCUGGGAAAGGGACUGUAAUCGCCACCGAGAAUAAACAUGCUAUGCCGGGAGACAUCUCUCUCCUUUUUUUGGGGGAAGAGAGAGGGAAGAAGUUUCAUUCCAUCCAGCCUCACGAACUUCUUAAUUAGUUAUUAUUUUGUAGCUAAAACUUAAAUUUUUUAUUCCUUUUAAGUUGGUAGUU